GCCAAUAGGAGGAGACUGCGCAGAGCACGCCGGGAUGAUGGAGAAUUUUUCUGCUCUCUUCGGAGGGACAGAGCCUCCUCCGUCUACAACAGCUGCCGCGCUAGGCUUUGGCCCAGGAAAACCAGGAGGACCCGGGACUGGGCAGCCUCCUGUACCAACGGUGACUCCAGUCGGAGAGGAGACAGCACGAAAAGCGGCAGCCGCCAGCGGUCCUUUUUACCUAAUGCGCGAGUUACCAGGUACCACUGAACUAACAGGAAGCACAAAUUUGAUCACCCACUACAACCUAGAGCAUGCUUACAAUAAAUUCUGUGGCAAAAAGGUGAAAGAGAAGCUCAGCAACUUUCUGCCGGACCUGCCAGGAAUGAUCGAUUUGCCAGGCUCACAUGAUAACAGCAGCCUGCGUUCUUUAAUUGAAAAACCUCCCAUCUGUGGUAGCUCAUUCAACCCCAUCACUGGUACCAUGCUAACAGGGUUUCGUCUCCAUGCUGGCCCGCUGCCAGAACAAUGUCGCUUAAUGCACAUCCAGCCACCUAAGAAAAAGAAUAAGCAUAAACAUAAGCAGAGCCGAACCCAAGACCCUGUCCCUCCAGAAACUCCCUCAGAUUCUGAUCAUAAGAAAAAGAAGAAAAAGAAAGAAGAUGAUCCCGAACGGAAAAGAAAGAAAAAAGAGAAAAAGAAAAAGAAGAACCGCCAUAGCCCUGAACAUCCAGGUGUGGGCAGCUCACAAGCCAGCAGCAGUAGCAGCCUCCGGUAGAGUCUGUUCAAGAUCAUAGUAAAGAGAGUUCUCCAUGAAAAUGCUACAGACUUGUUGAGAGGAGGAGGAGCAGCAGCAGUAGCAAGGACGGGAAAGACACAGCUCCCUUGUAUGCCUCCUCUUCCCUUUUGGAGCAACAUAUAAAAUUGGAUGGAGCUUCAGGACUUCAUAGCUUUCUCUACAAAGAACACAGACUUUGCUUGGGACACAAUGCAGGCUGAUGCCUUUAUAUGGAAAUUAUGCGUAUUGUUUUGUGUUUUGUAAAAAAAAAAUGAUCCUGACUAAGUUGGGAUGUGUUUGUCUCAUAUUUUAAUUAAAUCUCUGUUGGAGGAGAUGCUAAUGAUUUGAAGGAAUCCUGACUACUGGACUCUUCCUGUAUUGUACUGCAAACAGUUCUGAAUUGUUUUGCAGUUAAUAAAUUGUGGGCAGAAAUUCCAGAAGUGGUUUGAGAUGUAGGAUGGAUAAGUAGUCUGACAGAAAUACCUGAUAUGACUAAGCUUUUUUUGGGAUAGAGGAGAAGAAAAGGCAGAAUUUUAAAGUGGCAGUAGAGACAAUAUAAGGUUGGAUUUCACUUCCAUGCUAUUAGUUUUGUGGGUAGUAGACCUGUUUUAGAACAACAUGGACAGCUAAUGACAAAGUAUUGACCGAAAUCCAUGUAACAGUAAAAGAUGCCAGUAGGAAAAAGAUCAUCUGUGAAUUAGAGGACAAGACUGUUGCAAAACUCUUUUCUUCAAGGGCUCACUUAUCAGGUAAAGGGUUUUUUCCUCCACAUUCUCUUGCUCAAUUAAGGAACAAGAUUUAAUUUUUUCAGGAGGAAGGAGAAAUUGGAGAUUUAAAUUGAACAUGUGAAGCCUUUUCCAGGAACCUCUUUUUUCUUUCCUCCUCCUGUUCACAUUCUCUGCUCUCUUUGAUAUCACUACCUCAUUAGGAAUAUGCUGGCAAAAAUGAUUACUUAUUUGCUUCUUUCCUGGUUCUAAACAUCAGAGAGAAUAAAAAAUCUGGCUUCAUUUUAAGCCAGUAGCUGGGGGAAAAAUAUGAAGCAACAAAAGAAACAUGGUUGGAAAAAGAUUUGAUGUCUUUGCUGCCUCUUCUUGCUUGCAAAAGAAUAAUAAGGCUUUCAGCAGUGCCUGUUACAGUCAAUUUAGCUGUGAUAUGGGAGACCCCUAUUAAAAUGCCCAUGCCAUUUCCUUCAAAUAAAAAAUGUGAAUGGGCAUUUAACAUAGGGGCAGUACAUGGGCAGCUAUGCAGCAGUUUCUGCAUAGGAAUUCUUUGCUUGAAGCAAAAAGACAGAUGUAAUAUGGGUGCCUUCAACUCCCUCCACAUCUAUAGCUGAAAUUGUUUUUUUAGAGGAACUGUUUCUAUAACAAAAAUAGUAUGGGGGGUGAACUGUCACCCAAUAUUGUGGCCUUGAUUAAAAAAAAAAUCAUUUUUAACCAAAGAAAAAGGUUGGAAAAUACUUUCAGGGACCUCCCCUAUCACAUUUAAUUGGCUGUUGAACAUUUUUCUUUUAUGGCACUUGAAAAGCAGAUGGAGAUUCUUUGGUUUACAAUAUUAUUUAAAAGCUUUUUAAUGGUUGGAUCUAUAUUCUUAGUGACUUUUAUGCUACUAGCUUAUACAGAGGCAGAUUGUUUAAUCCCAAAAUAAAUGUGUUCCAUGAAGUAGAGAAAU